UCAACUUCCUACCUGGUCAGUCUGGGAGGAUGGACUGAGGCAGAAAGAGGUGAACAGAGAGUUAGCGUUGUGUGGAGACAUUGACAGUCUCCUCACACUGUCAGUAGAUACAUGUGAUAGAGAACAGUUCAGAGAGAGCUCUUCAGAACACAGUGUCAGCAGAAGUAGGACUUAUUUUUAAAUACUGUCUAAAUCUUCGAUUAAGGAAGCUGCUUGCAGACCUCUUGGGAAACUUCCAGUUCAUUUUGCGAUUUGGGGACAAAAGACCGAGGGUUAUGGGCGACUGAUUUGCAGUGCUAAUUUAAAAAUACACAACUUAAACCCAGUAAUUAUGGAUAACAGCAGAGUAAACAAAAUCUGAUGGAAUAAGAGAGACGUGUACAAGAAAUGGCGACAAGGGAAGUUUCUCAUAUCUUCUUGCUGCUUCUGGCUCUGCUCCAAAUCACCACACCCACCCCAGCUGAAAACACCACAACCACUUCAGCACCGGACCAUGUAGCUCUCCAUUACCACACACAGCCAGUUGACGUCAUAGUGGCGGUGGAAGAACCUGCUGUGUUUCGCUGUGGAGUACCCAAAGCUUCUCCCAAUCUCACGUUCACUUUCUACGGCAGUCACGGCAACUACAGCCUCACCUGCCCAAACGGCCAUGUGGAAGACAUCCCCCAGGCUCUUUACGGAAGUUGUGAAAUGAAGAACGAAGAGUCACUGGGUGUGUGGACCCUCAGGGGAACCUCUUACUCUGACAACGGCACCCGAGUCGUGUGUCAGCAGGCGAAGAAUCCCUUUAAAGUCACUGCUAUUCUGCGUGUUUAUGAUAAUGGCAUUAGCCAUGCCACUCUCAUCGGCUGUACCAUUGGGGGCUUCUUUGGUAUGCUGUUGGUGGCUGGUUUAUCUUUCACUAUGCUGAGAAGAUCUGAGACCCUCCAGAAAUGCUUUAGGGGAAAACAAACCGAAGAUGAUAUGGACACAAUAGUGACGAAGGAGUAAAAGGAGACAGAAAGAUGGGGAAGACUGUUUCUGAGUGAGAGAUAAUGAGUUUACUGUGUUGUAAAUAUACCCACUGGGCUCUUUGUCUAUGUCUUUGUCUAAUUUAAGUGAAGUGAAAGCUGGAUUGAAUCCAUGUCUGGAAAUGAUGUUGCCUGAAAAGUUUGAGGCCACAUCCAGUCUGACCCCUGGUAUCUUCACUUCCGUGUUCUGCCCUCAAUAACUGGGCCUUGCACACCCUAUCCACAGCCUAACAGUGUAUAACAUAGCACUGAGCACUUCAAACAGUACACUAAAAUGUUUAACUCAGAUUGCAUUCCCCACUUGUGAUUAGGCCAUGGUUGAAUGUGCACUGUCUUCACGGGAUAUAAAUCAUAUGUAAAAUGUGUUGUUGUGUUCUCUCUAAUGUGGUUAAAGCAGGCAGACUGUAUGUAGUUUUUAAAAGCAAGGAUUUGAAGAACAGCCUGCUUAAAUUAUUGACCUAAAUGUUGCAGCAGUAAGUGGAAGCAGAGAUGUUAUGAAAGUUGCUUGGUAACCGAUCAUGAAAAGAUGCCUGCACUGGUCAAAUGAGGAAUAAGAGAGCAGCUGGUCUUUGUGUUAGCACAUAUGACUAACAGGUCUGUGUCAGCAAACUGAGGGAGGUAAAGAACUCAAUGAUGGGGGUCCCAGUUGUUCUAAUACCAGGUUAGUCUGUUACACUUUCACAGUUUGUCCACAUGAGGGAGGCACUCACUGUAGAGAUAACAAGCAGGUUACUUGUUGAGAAAAAUAUUCACUUUUUAAAAAGAUCAUAAAUAACAAACACUAAAAGAAUAUUUUCAUCUGAAUGUGUGGCACUUUCUUUCAAAUUAAUCAAUUAAAACUACAUACACAUUUCUAUAUUUAAUUUAUACUCCUUUAUUUGUGAUUAUUAUAUACUGUUUUGUUCUGGUGUUUCCUGUUUCAUGCUCCAGCUUGAUCAGCUGAUUGACAAGCACCUGUGCUGGCUUCUGAGCUGAUCCCAUGUGAGGUGGUCCUUUGAUCAGCUCUCUCUCGCUCUCUCUCUCCACCCGGUAGCUACACCUUUGUGGUGUGUGGUGUAUGCUUUUCAUUCAUUUAUUCAUCUAUUUCAAUAGACGUUCAUUCACUAAACUUCUUCACUGGUGUUGUGUCCAUUAUUGUCUUUGGUGUUUGAGGCAGCUGUAACAGCGAUUGAGUCGAUGAAGUAAGUAGAUGUGAUAAUGUUUUCAUGUUAAGUGUUUUUAUGUAUUUGCAUUCUGAAGUAAAUAGCCCUAAUGUUUGAGGUUACACAGUCAUUGUCUUUGCAUAAAGGCAAAAUACAGUAGAUCUUUGUUACAGUUACUAAAUCAGGGAUAUGUUGCUAGUGUUGUUUGUGCACACUGUUCUGCCUUUUUUCUUUUGCUAUCUUUAUGAACACAUUAUUGUACCAUGCUCUUGUUUAUAGUCUGUUCUUGUUCUCUUGUUGCCUGCUGACCCUGUACAAGAGAUAUAACAAGUCAAAUUAAAGUUAUAGGAUAUCAAAACAAAAA